GGGCGUGGCCACUGGCUGGGAGGCGGGCCCGGGCGGGCCUGAUGACUGGGCCUUCAGGCGGUGCUUCGGGCAGCCCGCGAGAAGGCCGGGAAGAUGGCGGCCACCUGGAGGCUGGGCUGUGACCCCCGGGUUGUGCGCUGCCUCUUGGGCUUUAGCGGCCGCCGAGGCACGGGAGUGCUUACGGGGGCUGCCGGGUGGUCUGUCGGCCGCGGAGCUGGUUGGAGAUGGCUUCACAGCACGCAGUGGCUGCAGGCUGAUCCUAUUAAGAUACUAAUGCCAUCACUGUCUCCUACAAUGGAGGAAGGGAACAUUGUGAAAUGGCUGAAAAAGGAAGGUGAGGCCGUGAGUGCUGGAGAUGCCUUAUGUGAAAUAGAGACUGACAAAGCUGUGGUUACCUUAGAUGCAAGUGAUGAUGGCAUCUUGGCCAAAAUAGUGAUUGAAGAAGGAUCUAAAAAUAUACGGCUAGGUUCACUAAUUGGUUUGCUAGUUGAAGAAGGACAAGAUUGGAAACAUGUUGAAAUUCCCAAAGAUAUAGGUCCUCCAUCACCAACUUCAAAACCAUCGGUGCCUCAACCCUCACCAGAACCGCAGAUUCCUACUCCUGUCAAAGUGGGAUACACACCAGGGAAACCACAGCUCCGUUUAAGUCCAGCUGCCCGCAAUAUUCUGGAAAAACAUACACUGGAUGCUAGCCAGGGCACAGCCACUGGCCCCCGGGGGAUAUUCACUAAAGAGGAUGCUCUCAAACUGGUCCAGUUGAAACAGAUGGGCAAGAUCACCAAGUCCAGACCCGUCCCAACCCCUCCAACCCCUCCCACGGCUCCUCUGCCCACACAGGCCAUGGCCAGGCCAUCUCAUCCCCGGCCCAUGAUCCCACCGGUGUCAACUCCAGGACAACCUAAUGUAGUGGGCACAUUCACUGAAAUCCCUGCUAGCAAUAUUCGAAGAGUGAUUGCCAAGAGGUUAACUGAAUCUAAAAGUACCAUACCUCAUGCAUAUAUGACUGUCGACUGUGACCUUGGAGCUGUUUUAAAAGUUAGACAAAAUCUGGUCAGAGAUGACAUUAAAGUAUCAGUAAACGAUUUUAUCAUCAAGGCAGCAGCUGUUACCCUUAAACAAAUGCCAGAUGUUAAUGUAAGCUGGGAUGGAGAGGGCCCGAAGCAACUGCCCUUUAUUGACAUUUCAGUGGCUGUGGCAACAGAUAGAGGCUUAAUGACACCAGUCAUAAAAGAUGCUGCUGCUAAGGGUGUACGGGAAAUCGCUGACUCAGUAAAGGCUCUAUCAAAGAAAGCAAGAGAUGGAAAGUUGUUACCUGAAGAAUACCAAGGAGGAUCUUUUAGUAUUUCCAACUUGGGGAUGUUUGGCAUCGAUGAAUUUACUUCAGUGAUCAACCCUCCUCAAGCCUGCAUCUUGUCUGUUGGGAGAUUCCGGCCUGUGCUGAGGCUCACUCGAGACGAAGAGGGGAACGCCAGCCUGCAGCAGCACCAGCUCAUAAAGGUCACCAUGUCCAGUGACAGCCGGGCAGUAGAUGAUGAACUGGCUACCAGGUUUCUCGAAAGCUUUAAAGCAAACCUAGAGAAUCCUGUCCGACUUAUCUAGUCCUCAAAGAUAAGAAGUUGGUUUUUGGCUUAGUUAAUCUUAUAGUUGUUACUCAGAGACAUACGCUAUUAGGAGAACAGUUAGAAAUUUAAGUGUGCAGUGGAUGAAGUGUUUGUUUAUUCAAGGUGAGAGAGUUUGACCUGAGUUGUCUUCAUUUUCAAUUUGGGUUUAAGGUUGUAGAAAUAAAGGAUUACACACUGUAACUAACAAAAGAGAGAGAGUAUUUGGUUAGUCAGAUCCAUUUUUAACCUCUGGUGCUGUACAAAAGGGUGUUAAACUAGAUGUAUAUUAAAUUAUAUGUUUGGCUCAUUUGAGCAUUUUAGAAUAUUUGAGAAUGUAUCAUAAAUUAUAAUAUCAAAAAGUUGUUAGAACUCUACCUUAAUUAUGUUGAAAUUAGAAGUGAUCUUCAAAGAGGAUCCCAUUAAUUUCGCACUGGGGCCUCAGUUUUACAAGCACUGCUCUAGAUAUACUUGAACAAUUUAAUAUGUACAGAAAUUUAUUCUGGAUGGUAGUAAAUAAGUAAGGAUCACAUUGUAUUAGGGGUUGUGGCAACAUUAUUGACGUUUUUAUGUAUAUAAAGCCAUAUGUUUUAGAGUGGUUUCUAUCAGUCUUAUUUUUCACUUCUAUGACACUGUGAACUAAAGAGGAAUAUAAAAAUCAAAAAUGAAGAGAGAGAAAGAGAGACCAAAAAAUUUGUUUUAAUAAUAAACUAUAAUUAAAAUAUCUAAACCUUCAGAAAUAAACUGCUCACCUUCACACUAAGUUGGAAUAUAUUAAAAUAAAUUAUGCUAUUUCCUACCAAA